UGUCAAGCAGCGCCGUAUGGCCGCUGCUCUGUUAACUUCUCUACUCCGCCAAAGGAAUUAGUCCAAAGAAGCUUUUCACCGCAGCGAGUCGAAGAGGGGAAAAAACAUUGAAUAAUACUCCGGAAAAAGUCCGGCGAAGUGUUUCCCUGGCCAGCUGGAUUGUAUUGCGCUGUAUUGUCCCACUUUUUUCGAGGAAGUUCGCUUCUUUGCCGAGGCGAGGCUGAAGCGGACUGAAGGCGCCGGAGCUGAAUGUUUGCCUGUGCCGCCGGGUGAGAGAGUUCGACAGGUGAAUGUACAGCAUGAUGAUGGAGACGGACCUGCACUCCCCCGUGCCCCAGACUAACACAAACCCGGGCCAAACGGGGCAGAGCGGCGGGGCCAAGUCCAACCAAGACCGGGUCAAGAGACCCAUGAACGCCUUCAUGGUUUGGUCCCGGGGCCAGAGGAGGAAGAUGGCUCAGGAGAACCCCAAAAUGCACAACUCCGAAAUCAGCAAGCGGCUGGGCGCCGAGUGGAAGGUCAUGUCGGAGGCGGAGAAGCGGCCCUUCAUCGACGAGGCGAAGCGCCUGCGAGCCAUGCACAUGAAGGAGCACCCGGAUUAUAAAUACCGACCCCGCAGGAAGACCAAGACGCUGCUCAAGAAGGACAAGUACUCCUUAGCCGGGGGUCUGCUGGCCGGCGCUGGCGGUGGAGCUGUUGGGAUGGGCGUGGGGAUGACGAGUCCGGGUGGAGUUGGACAGAGGCUGGAGAGUCCCGGGGGCCACGGCGGCGCGCCCGGCGCGGGCUACGCGCACAUGAACGGCUGGGCGAACGGCCCGUACUCGGGACAGGUGGCGGCGGCGGCUGCUGCUGCGGCGAUGAUGCAAGAGGCGCAGCUCGCGUACAGCCAGCACCCGGGCAGCGGGGCGCACCACCACCACCAUGCCCACCACCACCACCACCACCACCACCCGCACAACCCCCAGCCCGUGCACCGCUACGACAUGAACGCGCUCCAGUACAGCCCCAUGUCGAACUCGCAGAGCUACAUGAGCGCCUCUCCCUCGGGCUACGGGGGGCUCUCCUACAGCCAGCACCAGAACUCCAGCGUGGCUUCUUCUGCCACCAUCGGCACUUUGGGCUCGCUGGUGAAGUCGGAACCGAGUGUAAGCCCACCCGUGACCACCCACUCGAGAGCUCCGUGUCCGGGGGACUUGCGGGAAAUGAUAAGCAUGUAUUUGCCCACGGGGGACACAGGUGACCCGUCAGUGCAGAGCAGACUUCACACACUUCCACAGCACUACCAGAGCCCCACGGCAGGGCUCAACGGAACUAUCCCACUCACGCACAUCUAAUCGACAAAAUCAGAAUUAAUUAAACAAAGAAAAGAAAAGAAAAGAAAAGGGGGAAAAAAAACUGCAAUCAGACACAAAGAAACUCGUUACCAAAUAUUUACCUUCUAGAUUGUCGGUUGGCUACAUUUUGUACAAAAUGUGUUUGUCCAUGUAAACUGAAGGCAAAUGUCAUGACUGCCUCUCAGAAUAAAAAAAGAGAAAUAACAGCAGCCUAUAUGGUUAUGAUAAUGGUUUACUUUAUGUCCACAUCAAUCGUUGUUUAGUUCUAUUUUAAUUAAGUCAGUGCGAUGCCAGUUUAAA